UGAAGAUCCGAUGUUUUCAUAACAUAACUUUAAGCUUUCCUCUGAUAUCUUUCUUUUUAAAAACUAUGUAGUUUGGUACUUGGAUUUGCUUUCUCUCCUCAGUACUUAAUUUCUGUUCUGUUCUGUUCAGAUGAUCUCAAAAUCCUACGUUCGGACUCAGAUGGAAUUAACCUAGCUAGGUUUCAUUCUUUUCAUCCUACGGAUAGAUGGACCCCCAUCGCAAGCCUAUAUAGCCGAUUGGUCCCUAGCUAGCUAGUAAAGCCGGGAGCCAGAGGACCGCCGUCAACGCGCAGAACCAACAAACCCGACGACGCAUUCUACUCCUAGAGGCCUAGCUAGUCCCCUAGCCCUAGGCCCUAGUCGAAGGAGGGCUUCGCCGCCGGGCACGCGAUCAUGUCUGACUCGUUUCUGACGAAGUACGGCCGGGACAUGACCGCCGCGGCAGGCAAGAUGGACCCGGUGAUCGGCCGCGACGACGAGAUCGAGCGGGUGGUGUGCAUCCUCUGCCGCCGGACCAAGAACAACGCCGUGCUCGUGGGCGAGCCCGGGGUCGGCAAGACGGCCAUCGCCGAGGGGCUCGCGCAGCGGAUCGACGCCGGGGCCGUCCCGGCGCCCCUCGCCGGCGCGCGCGUCGUCGAGGUCGACCUCGGCGCGAUGGUGGCCGGGACCACGUACCGCGGCAUGUUCGAGGAGCACAUCAAGAUGGUGAUCCAGGAGGCGGAGGACGCCGACGGCAAGGUGAUCCUCUUCGUCGACGAGAUACACAUGCUCCUGGGCGCCGGCAGUGCCAUCGGCUGCAUGACCGCCGCCAAUCUGCUGAAGCCGGCCUUGGCCCGUGGCCGCAUCCGCUGCGUGGGCGCCACCACCUUGGACGAGUACCGCAGGUACUUUGAGAAGGACGGCGCGCUCGAGCGGCGGUUCCAGAAGGUGCACGUCGAGGAGCCGAGCGCGCACGUGACCACUGCAAUCCUUAGGGGGCUGAAGCGGCGGUACGAGGAGCACCAUGGCCUGAGAAUUCAGGAUGCUGCUCUUGCCGCCGCCGCAUACAUCACCGACAGACGAUUUGCUGAUAAGGCUAUUGAUCUGAUUGAUGAGGCAUGUGCCACUGCAAGGGUGAAGAUCGACAGCCUAAGAGAAGCAAACGCCACAUCGAUGCAAAUUAACAACAAAAAACAAAGGAAGCAACCAACUGUCGGCGUUAACCAUAUUGCACAAGUGGUGAGCCGAUGGACCGGUAUUCCUGUCACAGCCCUAAAUCAAGAGGAGAAGAAAAAACUGAUCCUUCUAGGCGACAGAUUGCACGAGCGGGUUGUUGGCCAGAACGAAGCCGUUAACUUGGUUGCGCAAGCAGUGAUUCGGUCAAGGGCUGGGCUUGAUAAGCGUGGCCAGCCUAUAGGAUCAUUCCUGUUUUUGGGCUCGACUGGUGUUGGAAAAACAGAACUAGCCAAAGCACUUGCUCAGCAGCUCUUUGGCCGCGAGGAGAUGCUGAUCCGCUUUGACAUGUCCGAAUUUGAUGGAGCUGGGUCCGCGCGGCGUCUCAUCGGAGCACCACCAAGGUUUUCUAUGUUUGGCUAUGAAGAUGGUGGUCAGCUAACCGAGAAAGUCAGGAGGCGCCCAUACAGCGUCAUCCUAUUUGAUGAGGUGGAGAAGGCUGAUCCCACGGUGUCCGAUGUCUUCCUUCAGCUCCUUGACGAUGGUUUGUUGACAGAUGGCAAAGGCCGGACCGUUGAUUUCAAGAACACCAUCAUCAUUAUGACCUCAAAUCUGGGUGCAGAGCACCUGGCAGAGGCAAUGACCGGGGAGAAAACAAUGGAAGAUGCACGGGGCCUCGUGAUGCAACAGGUCCAGAAACACUUCAAACCUGAGUUCCUGAACAGGCUGAGUGAGAUCGUGAUAUUCGAGCCGCUCUCGCAUGACAAGCUGAAGGAGGUGGUGAAAAUUCAGGUGGAGGGCAUCGUCGCCGGCGUGGCUGACAAGGGCGUCUCGCUGCACACUAGUGACGCUGCCUUGGAUGUUAUCUUGUCAGAGUCAUACAACCCAAUGUAUGGCGCGAGGCCUAUAAGGAGGUGGGUCCAGAAGAACGUGAUGACGAGGCUCUCGGAGAUGGUAGUCAAGGGAGAAGUUGACGCAGGCUCGACCAUCUCCAUCGAUGCCACGGACGACAAGAAGGCGCUGAAAUACGAGGUGGCAAAGAAGCAGCACGGUUAUCGCCUUCGAAAAAUAAGAGAAAGAAGUAGCUGCAGCUGCUGCGUCCGUCAGGACUCAGACCCCAGCGAGUCCGAUAAUGUAGUUAGCUAAUGUAGUGCUCUUGCCUGAGGCUCCCAUGCUACAUUGUCAAAGCUAGACAAACCCUGGAGGUGAUCCAAUGAACAAUGAUCCCGUCCCAACGUAUUCAGACAUGACAAA